AAGAAUGGGACGGGGUGGUAUAUAAGGCAGCUGACGUUACAGGCAAACCGAGGGUGGGAAUUUUGGGGAAAGAAGGUGGUUCCUUUUUAUGUAUAUCUGGUGGGGGAGGAAGGGGAUUGUGCCGUCUAAAGUUCAUUACUUAAUAAAGUUGAAGGUGCAUAAACUUUAGUACAGCUCCAAGUUUAUGCAUUUAAUUUAGGAAUAUUAACAGUAAACCAGGAAAGGUGUGCUGGCUGGCUGGGCUGAGAACACUGGUGGUUAGGAUGGUUGCCACCAGCACCUUAAACAAUAAAAACUCUGUCUGUAUUUCUGAACUGAUACAACAAAGGUUCCAGCAUGCAGCCUUAACUGACUUUGACUACUGGGAUUAUGUUGUGCCAGAACCCAACUUUAAUGAGACAGUGUUUGAGGAACGGACAUAUCAGAGUCUCGUUAGAAUGCUGGAGAGCUGCCUAUCGAGAUCCAAGCAGACCAAACUGCACUGCUCUAAGGUCCUAGUCCCUGAGAAACUCACCAGGAGGAUUGCUCAGGACAUCCUGCGUCUCUCUUCGACGGAGCCCUGCGGCUUACGAGGCUGCGUGAUCCACGUCAACUUGGAAACUGGGAAUAUAUGUAAAAAGCUGGAUAAAAUUGUCUAUGACCCUACUGUUGUGCCCACUUUCGAACUGACGCUAGUUUUCAAGCAGGACAGCGGUUCUUGGUCUAGUUUCAGGGAUUUCUUCCCCAAAGCUUGCUUUACAGGGGGCAGCAAACGCACACUGAUCCUGAGUCCUGGCUUUCGGUUAAUUAAGAAAAAAAUGUACUCCCUGUUUGGGACCGUUGUCGAAGAGUGCUAGGAACAUUGCUGAAGAAUGCUAGAAACAUCUCUUUAAAAACACACACAGACACAACUUUUUAGAUAUUUGAGCCUGCAGCCCUUAGGAAACAUCAAGAUUGAUACCUCUGUUUUUUUAGAUGAUUAUGGUUUGUCCUUUGGGCAGGGCGGCCAUAAAUCGUUAUGGGCUGGCAAAAAUCUCAGUGCAGCUAGAUGGUUACUGGGUGGAACAAGGAGCACAGCUUACUGAUAUACUUGAAACAUUCCUUAAUUGGUUAGCAUCAGCUUGGCCAGCCUGUAAAGCCAGCUAGGCAUCUGCUAACUGUUGACCUCAAUGCUACCUGUGGCUCUUACCAUUUGCUUCUGAUGGCUUUUUAAAAACAACAAGGAAUCUAGAGAGCUUAGGUGUCUACGGGCUUGCUAAGCUUCAAGAAGGACUGGGGGAUGUUAAGCCUAAGCUUAAACUGCUGACAGUGUUUUUGCCCUAAUAUGGGGAAAUUGAUUACUUUGCAAAUACCAAAGCUUAUGGGAGGAUGCUGGUAGCAGCUUUUUGGUAGCACCAAGAACAAUGGGGAAGGGAGAAGCACAUCCUUGGAAGGAGAUGCUACUUAGUGUGAGGGCUGAAAGCUAGCGUCAUUUCUCUGUAUGCUGGUUGCUUUUCUAGGCUUGACACUGUUUUCCUGUGAACUAGGUAAGAGUGUGCUAUGCCAAUGAGCUGUCUUUCUAAGAAAGUGGUUUAGAGAAGACCAGCUCACACAGAGUGUCUUGAAUCUAUCCAGCAAUUGCACUACAGCUCAACAGCUUUGUACCUUAAUGUCUGAAAAUGGUAUGGUGGUUUAUGCUCUUUUUGAAAAAAAAAUGUGUCAAAGUGUAAAUGUGGCUCUGAGUGCGCAAUGUUAGCUUCCUUUGGGUUGGAUCCUCUUUGGCCAAGCUUUCCUUCCAUGAUUUUUUUUUCUUCAUUGGAGGAAGACUUAGAAAUCAGGAUCCCAACCUCUUAUAUUUAAUUUUGCUGCAGAAAUGUUGGUUACUCUUGGAUGGGGAAACCCCAACUACCUCAAGUUCAAUUUUGAAAACAAAUAUGUUAUCCUACUGAAGGGUUUCCUUUUCUUCUUAUUGCUUCCCCCUGCUAUCUAAGAAACAUUUUGUAUAAUACUAUGUUCUUCCAUGGUGGUGGUUUUUAGUAUAAUUGGUGGUGAUCCUCUGAACACCACAGAUCCAUGGUGGUAAUCCUCAGAACACCACAGACCCUUAGCCCUGUAGAUGGUUUGGAAAUGUUUUUGUGACCCUGCAGUGGUGAGUUCACACAGUCUUCACCAAAGAUCUAAGUGUGUUUGUAACUUGGUCAUUUUCAAUGGCUGAUUUAAUUGGCUCUGUCCCAUUACCUCUAACCUCAGCUAAGAAACACUAAAGAAAAACUUCAUAACCAAAAGGAAAAAGGAAGAGAAUGUCAACUGGGUAUCUGACCUAGUACAGACUCUUCUCCCCUCUCCAUCCACCUCUCUGCACUACAGUCAUGGCACCAGCAUGGUUGAGCAAACCUUUGUAUCUAUGGAGAAAGGUCUUUAUGUGAGGCCCUUCAUACCAGCUUGUCCCCAUUUUCUUUCAUGUUCUCCCGGUUCUAGGCUACAGCAGGAAGAUUCCAUGAUACAUCCUCUGAAAGAUUUCUUCUCAAGUGCACUAGGGGUGUGGAAUCCAGUUCUCUUUUGCCUGGGCUUUGAUCUUCUGGUGAUUCCUCGCCUGUAAACAUUCAUUCACUGGAAGGGGGAAGCUCACCAAUUUCUAAAGCUAACAAAGGUAGCUAGUGUCUAUUGCAUUGUGCUAAGAGAUCUUCCUCGGUUCUAAAGUCCUUUAGAUCUUGCAUUUUGCUUGUAAGCUUUGCCUAGUCCAUCUUUAACCAUAUGUGAGUAGUGUGUUUGAGUGCGUGCAUGUUUCUGUUUCCCAUAAGAGAAACCCGUUAACAAGUUGUGCUUCCUUGGUUUAGGAAAGUACUCUUGGGGGACCAGAUGCUAAAUGGAUUGGUGCAGAAAUGGGGCUAAUAGAAAAGAGACUUCAGUAGCAGGCAUGGCUUGUUUUAUGCAUUUGGGCUAUUCAUGUUACCUUGCCUUGUACAAAAAAAGUGGGAUUCCUAAGCUGUCUACCAGUGACAGUUCUGGUUUCUACCCACGUGUAGCAGCUGAUGUCAAGGAAAAUGUGAUUUGGACAUAUACAUCUAGUUCAGAUCUCUUGCCCUGUGCUGCAAGUAUUUGGUUUCUUCUCAUAGAAUUUAUGGGACAAGUGUAAAUAGGGAGGUCACAUGGUGGUUGACGCAUGCACCCAACUUUUAGUUGCGAAUAGCUCACUUACGCAGCUGAUUCUGAUUCAAACUGACAUACUGCCCUGCUCCAAGCUACUGAGCCUCUGAACAAUUGCUAUAGGACCAUCAUGGACUGGUGUUGCACUUUUUGCUUUUAAGCUUCUGGUGUUGAAAUACCACCUUGUGUAUAAAUGUCUGUGUCUUUUUGGAUUUGCACUGAUACUGCUUGAAUUCACGCAGUGUUAUUGGUUUAUGCCUUGCCUUGGUGCAAUCUUAAUAAGUUACUAGUGUUGAUCUUAGAAAUCGAUGGUUUUUAUUGAAGUCUGUAAAUAAAGGAAUAUUUUAAAAUUCUCA